AUGGCCGUCACCGAAUUCAUUUCCGUCAAGGAAGAACCAAGAGGUGAUGAUGAGGAUGGUGACCUUGAUGACGACGUGAUCAUCGUCACCGGUGCGGAUGCGGCCGAUCACCUACUCCCGCUGCGAGAUGACUUUGACAGCGCCUUGACCUUUCGCAGCAUCAUCCUGGCCUCUGGUCUGGCAUGUUUUCAGGCUGUCAUGAACCAGAUAUACAAUUUCAAACCAACCAUAGUCACCAUUCAAGGGACGUUCAUCGUCCUCAUCUCAUACUUUGUCGGCAAUGCUUGGGCCAAAUUUCUCCCUCGUGGUGAUCACUUUGAGGCUCGCUGGAGGGCAAGAAGCGGCGGCAGCAGCAGCCAAGACAAGCUCCCUUGGUGGAUCGUGCUCAUCAAGUUCGUGAAUCCGGGGCCAUGGACGCUGAAGGAGCAUUCGAUAUGUUCCAUCACGGCUACAUCGGCCUCGAAUGCUGCCGCCACAUCGACCGUGUUUGCCGCACAGAAUAUCUUCUAUGAUCUUCCCUUGAGCGCCGCCACUGUGAUCCUCAGUACCAUUUCCAUCGGUCUCUUUGGUUACGGUCUCUGCGGCAUCAUGCGUCCCAUCGCCGUCUGGCACGUCGAAGCAGUCUACUGGAGUACCCUGCCCACCGUCAAGACUCUCCAGGGGCUUCAUUGGCAGCAAGUGAAGAACUCCAAGCCACUCAGAUACUUUUGGUAUGCCUUUACCGGCAUGUCGCUAUACGAGAUCAUUCCGGCUUAUAUUUUCCCCUGGUUGAACUCUGUUUCUAUCCCAUGCCUGGCUUCCCAGAAAGCAACCGGUAACGUAGCGGCAGUUCUCACCAAUGUGUUUGGUGGAGCCAGCAACAACGAGGGUAUGGGUCUGUUCUCUCUCAGUUUCGACUGGCAAUAUAUUACUUCCUUCCAAACCUCUCUCCCUCUCAAGUUCCAACUCCAUCAAGCCAUCGGAUUCGCUGUCUGCUUUAUUGCCAUGGCUAGCAUCUAUUACGGCAACGGCUGGAACUCGAAAUCUCUUCCAUUCAUGUCGACAGAGCUUCUGAUGGCCAAUGGCACGGCAUAUCCCGUAACCGACGUCUUCCCCGACGGGGUGCUUGACAAGGCUGCUCUGGCCGAAUACGGCCUCCCCAAACUGACUGGAACAUUUGCAUUUGCCAUGUUCAUGGCCAAUGCGGCAAUUGGUGCCCUGGUUUUACAUUGUAUUCUCUUCUGGGGUAAAGAUAUUUUGCGAGCGUAUCGCAGCGCAAAAGAAGGUAGAUAUGAUGAUCGGCACCAUGUGCACAUGGCCAAGAAUUACAAGGAAACGCCAUGGUGGUGGUACGCCGUGGUGUUGAUCGGCAGCUUCAUCCUCGGCCUCAUCGUAGUCCUCAAAGAGGAUAUCACGCUCCCGGUCUGGGCAUACAUUGUCUCGCUGAUUGUAGGAAUUAUCGUGGCGCCUUUUAGUACCAUACUCUAUUCUCGCUACGGUAACGGGAUUGCUACCAACAACCUAUCCAAAAUGCUAGCAGGUCUUAUGAUUCCUGGCCGCCCAGUCGGUAAUAUGUACUUCGCAGCGUGGUCGCACAACGUCAUCGCGAAUACAGUCAACCUGUCCAACGAUCUGAAAAUGGGCGAAUACCUCAAGAUUCCUCCCCGCGUCAUGUUCCUGACACAGAUGUACGGCACCAUUCUUGGAGGCUUUAUCAAUUAUGCUGUCAUGAUCUCCAUCGUGUCGGGUAAACGAGCGCUUCUCGCCACUGGCAACGGAAACUCCUCUUGGAGUGGUGCGACUAUCCAAUCCUACAACACCAACGCGGCCUCCUGGGCCCUGGCCCCCUACAUAUACCGGGUCGGCACACAGUAUGAGAUGGUGCCCAUCGGCCUAGCGAUUGGUGCUGCUGCCGUCGUCAUUCACCGCGUCUUUUACCAGUUUGUACCCAAGAUCGGAAGGCUCGAUGUCUCGGAAAUCAACAUGCCGCAAUUCAUUCAAUAUGCCGGGUACAUUCCGUACAAUCAGUCGCAGACGUGUGUUAUCUUCAGUUGGAUCAUCGCUGGCUUCUUUGUCCAGUACUACCUCCGCAACUACCACCCCCGCAUCUUUAAAGACUACUCUUACCUGAUUACUGGUGCUUUCGAUGGAGCCAGCCUGACUGUUAUCUUCAUCCUCUCGUUUGCGGUGUUCGGCGCUGGUGGACCGUCGCAUUCGUUCCCAUCGUGGUGGGGGAACAAUUCGAAUGGGAACUAUGACUGGUGUCCUGUGACAUAG